CUGACAUUGGCCGUCCAUAUCUCGUCGUUUUAACCCCACCUGCAGGAUCCUGUUUAUUCCCAACCUUCCUUUGUAUGACCUCCUACUUCUAGUCACCCUACUCAUCCCAAUCCUACUUCAUCUCCCUCUCGUUCUCGUCUACCAUCCCUAGAACUUUGAUUGUCAUUUUUGCAUGUGAAGAUGUUCUUGCAUGUUUCUUGGUCGUUUUCAUAAUUCAUUGUAUUAAGUAAGAAUUGAAUUCAGAACCGGUUAAAGCUGAACUUUUUUUUUUGAAUUCAACGUGGACGACGUAGCAACUGAAGAUCACCAUGUAACAUAUUGAUUUUGAUCAUAGCAUUAGAUAUAAGACAGAAAAGUCGUUGUACAAGGACAUGCUUUAUACUUGUUAAAUUAUUUUACUUGAAGGACAACUUUGACUUUCUGCUGGUACUUCGCAAGAAAAUGUGGGCCUCUUCCUCCUCUUCCACUGGGAACGCGAACAAGACGUCCUAUCUGCAGUGGGCUUCGAAAAGUCUGUUCGGGAAUGUCCUCGUUGGCCAGUCUGAUGAUGAUGAAGAUGGGCAACAUGUUGAAGUUGAAGCUCCUGCAACAACAAGCAUGGCAACACUGGUAAAGAACAGCACAAAUCCUACCUCUGCAGGAGCUUCCAACUCCACCUCUACUACAUUUAAAAGUAGUGUGAGCACAAAGUCGAAAUCCUCGAUGAGUCCUGGCAAGCGGUACUAUCGCAGUGUGAAGAUACAAUGCGACCUAGAUGAAGCGUCUUCAGUCGAUGAAAGGGAAGACGAUAAUAUGUUUCCCACCUUGGAGAUAGGUGGAAAGGACGACAAGUCCUCUAGUGGAAAAGACACGAAGUCCUCUUUUUCAACAACGGAGAAAUUUCGCGUACAGCUGAUGAACGAGGAGUUGACGAGGCAUCAAAAAAGACUUCAACUCCAUUUGGCAAGGGAAGAAUUGGCACAAGUGAAAAAGGAGAUCGCAGCUUCUGGUGAAAGUAGCAGUGGAGGUACUCUUGGUGCCUCAUUAAAUCCCUUGAAGUGCCUGAUGGGAAGAGAUGACAAAGGUGGAAGUUCACCAACAGGAACAGGGUCAUCUGCUUCACCAGCAACGAAGUCUGCAACUGCGUCUUCGUCAACGACUAAGACCGCAAUGAGUAGUAAGGCUAAGCGAGCCUUAGAACUUGAGCAAGCAGUAAGUGCACUGAUAAAAGCGGGAGCUUCCGACUUUGAUAGUAGUUCCGGUGGAAAAGACGUAGAAGCAAACGAACAAACUAAAGCGGAGCAAAAGGCGGAACGACAAGCGGAGCGACUGCGUUAUUGGCGUGCCAAUCCUCUUUACUCCGCAAAAAAUUUGGUGAAGUACAACCGAUCGAAAUGCGACAUGUUGGGAAUCCAGAUGCUUUUGAUGUCAACACCAUCAGGAUCAUCCUCAUCGUCAAGCAGUGGUCGUCCUCGAAGUACAACAAAAGCAGGUCAUCAAGCCGGCGUUCAUCUACUUCCUCGUUUUUCAGAUGCCCGUUUAGCUGAAUUGGAUGCAUUGUACGAAAAAGAAAUAUUCUCUAGGAUCAUGAACUACGAAGAUGAUACUAGUACUUCCUCUGCUUCCUCUCCGUUUUUUUCUCCGUUAUCGAAAAUAGCAACUUUGGAUAGAGGCUGUGCCAAUUUGGAUCGAGGCUGGCUUCUUUUUUUCAACGCAUUUGGCGGCAAAUACAAUUGCCUACAUCGAUUCCAACAAGAUCUGCAAAAUGCAAAUACUUCUUCUAGAGAUGGGAAAACGGUACUAUAUUUUUUUUUGUUGAGGACCUAGAUUUUUUUUGUCCCUAGGUAGUUGUAGGUAUGAGUAUACUUGGACAGUUACAGUUUUUACUGUGCUCUCGUGACUCGUCCGCUACCGCUCCUUUGCGCUUCUUUGUGUUUGUUGGUUCAGCUUCCCGCUAUAAUCCCUUGAAGAGUUGUUUCAUCUAGAAGUACGACGGCUGUUAAACAAGAUACCCGCCUUCAUCUUCAUCUGAACCUACUUCCCCAGCUUUUUAUGCGGUUAUUGGUGACGAAGCGCUUCCGGGAAGACCAGGCAUUGGCGACAGCAAUUCAACUAGGCGAGGACUUCUUCAGUUCGGACUCGAGCGUCUUCCUCUAUGGCAAGGAGGCUAGCAGUAGUCUAGAAGACGCUGGAGCAACUGCUCUCGAUGCAGAAGGAACAGCAUCAAGUGGCGUACUAGAUGAACCAGAUACCAGUUCUGCUUCUUCUUCUGGUGCGAGAUUAUCAUGCAGUAGCCCUUCAGAUGUUCCCUUUUUAGCACCUUCUUCUUUAGACGAAAUAAUCUACUCAUCUUCAAGUAGAAGUAGUACAACUACCUUUCGCGGCUCUACAACUCCUGGAGGUGGAGCAGGAGGACGAGAAGGAGGUGGCACAACUUCAAGAACCUCGACGUCAACUGCACGAACUGGCACAAGCAAUGGAGUCCCACUUCCACCACCUGCAAUUUGGAAUGAAAAGCGUGCGGUUGAAGCAGCUUUUGGACAACUUGGAGGCGGUUCCAGCAACCUAAGUUCACAAGAUCAUGGCUCUCCCUCUCGUGAACAAGAUCAUGGCUCUUUGCCUUUCAGGAGUAAGAAGACGUUGAUCGUGCUCGAGGAAGAAGCUGUGCUGUCCUCGAAGGUGGAUAAGGGCCGCGUGGGAGGUGGCGAUGAGGAUGAUCAGGAUGAUCGAGAUGAAAAUGUCGAAAAAAAAGUGAAGAAAGUUUUGACUGCUGUGGAGCCUUGUGUGGUUGGUGUAUAUAACGACAGGCUGAAUCGAACACCGAUAAGACUAGAAGACGAUUACUUCCCGAACUCCUCUUUCUCGAGGAACUCCUCCUCUUCUAGUAAGGCAGAAGAGCAGCCGGAGGCGGAGCAGGAGGAAUCCGAUGGUAAUAGUCCGAUUAACCUUCUGGGUGAAAGUCCGAUUAAUCUUUUGGGAAUGAAGUCAAGAACAACAAGAACUUCAAGAACUUCUCAAGGAGACGCUUCCGGAGCAUCGCCAAACGAGAAGCUCCUAGCGCAUCAAAUAGUGAAGGAGAGAAGUCAGGAAGCCUUCUCAGAGAUGGGGAGAAAAGCUUUUGACUCCGUACGGCUUUUCGACACAAGUGAUGUGACGCCACCGAUAAGUAUCAGCGCCCCAAGGACGAGACUGCACGACACAGGCCGCGGGAGAACUACAGCAGCUAUUGUCAAAGUGUCCGACGCAGGAACCGACACGGUGCAAGACUACUUGCUAGAAAAACAUCCUUUCUGGCGUAGAUUCCUCCGAGCAGAUAGAAUAAACUACCUAAGUAGAGCCACCUCAGGAGGAGCUGGGUCAGGCGGUGAUGGAGAGGUAAAUCUUCUUGGACAAGAUGGUGGUGGAAAAAGUGGACCAAUAUUAACAUUGUCAUCAUGUAGCACAUCCGCCAGUGGUGCUGGAUCCUCUGCAGCGUCGUCUUCGGCGAACGAAGGUCCGACGACUGAGGAAGAAGAUGAAGAAUCUGGUUCUGGUCUGACACUGGAUUUGAGGAAUCUACCAAGUCUUUUCAGCAAGUCAAAGUCGACAAAGUCUAAGAGAACGAAUCCGAAAAGUAAGAGGACAUCAAGAGGAGCUUCUGGCACUCUUGCGGACAACGGCACUUCUACUUCUAGCGGAGGGCCUCCAACAGCAACCGAGAUUUUAGCGAAGUUUCUAGCAGAACGCAAUCCACCACCCUGGAGCAUAGGCGCGGAGAUUGAGCUUAGCAGGUCGUUGCUGAGACGCGUUAUGUCACAUCGAGAAAAACUAGCCUCUGUUUUCCUUGAAGUCGACGGACAUGGACACGGAGGAGCUAGUAGAAGAGGUAGUACGAGUAGUAGUAGUUGUUCUCCUUCAAAGACGACGAGCAAUCGAGCACCAGGUAGUCUUGCAGUGGCCAGCACUCCUUCUUCACCUACUACAGCUUCUACGUUAUUGAAUUUCCACCAUCUGCAAUCGAAUGACAUAUGUCACGUGGAAAGGGAUCUGGAAACGGGGAAUUUAAUCGCCAAAUCAACGAUGAAUGCCAAUGACAGGAGAUUGUUGUGGUUGUGGCAAGCGGAAACGGCUUUGGACAUGCAGAGGCAGAAGCUUGCGCAAGCAAUUCAUGCAGACGCCAAGCGGAAAGCAAAAGAAAAGCUAGAAAGACUACGACGAAACUUGACAGGUGGUAGAGGCAGAAACUCAAACUCUGCAUUUCGAAGUGAACCAGCGACACGGAAAGCCUCUCCUCGCUCUCCUUCACCUAGGAAUUCAUCAGGGCAGACGUUGAACAUUAGUGGUGUGACAAGAACAAGUAGGUUUGGCGGUGCUGCUUCAGCCUCUCCAUCUCCAGAUCGGAGACGGCUUUCGAAGAUCGAAGAAGGCAGUGACGUCGAUCAUAGCUCCUCAGAUGUUGUUCCUGAGAAGGACGAUGCAGUAGUUGCAGGAGAUAGUGCAGAUGGGAAGAGCAUUACUACAUCAACAGGAACGUCUUUUUGCUUAG